AUGCAGUGGCGGGUGCUGGCCGCCGUGCCUGCUUUCUGGUCGGUUGUGACCUUUGCGCUCCCCAGUGGCAGUCCUCGGAGUGAAAGCGAAGCGGGAGCCAGCCAGCCCGUCGUCCAGACCGAUCCCACCCUCGAAGACCCUUUGUGGUUAAACUACGGACUCAAUGCAUCUGCCGAAUACAAAUACUUCCAUGAACCGGGUCGCGACGACAUUCUCGGCCACUAUGACUCGCGCUAUUUCAAGGAGCCCGUGAGCGACUCCGAGCGCGCAGAGACUCUCACGCAUAUGAUCCGCGCCUAUCUGAACUUCUUCAACGAAAAGGAACUGGAAACGUGGAUCGCGCAUGGGACCUUACUCGGCUGGUGGUGGAAUGGAAAAAUCCUCCCUUGGGACUGGGACAUGGAUACUCAAGUCCCGGACACCACCCUCGCCUACCUCGGAGACCAUUUCAACCAAACCAUUGUCGAAUACACCACCCCCGAUAGUCCCAUCAUCCGCCAGUAUCUUCUCGACAUUAACCCUUGGUCCCGUCAGCGUGAGCGCGGACAAGGCCAUAACAUCAUCGACGCGCGCUGGAUCGAUAUCCACACCGGCCUAUAUAUCGAUAUCACGGGUCUCAGCAGAUUGGAGCUAGAGGACCAUCCGGAUAUCUGGCAGUGUAAAAACUUCCACAAAUAUCGUCUUAUCGAUCUGUACCCGCUGCGCCGGACAUACUUCGAGGGAGUUCCCGCCAAAGUUCCUUUUGCGUACGACCAGGUCUUGAUGGAGGAGUACUCCGAUAAGGCACUGACCUCGACUGAAUUUCACAACCACACCUGGUUCCCCGAAUUGGCGGAAUGGGUUUCGGAUAAAGACGUCGCCGACAUGACUGUUACAUUGUCGGACGGAAGAAUUUACGAUUGA